AUGUUGCAGGUUUUUUUUUUUUUCUUUUCUGGCAAUUUUCUAGUUCGUAAUAAACAUUUAAACAGUUAUCCAUUGUAUUUGAUGUUGUAGGGUAUUACAAAAAAGAAAUAUAAUAAGGAAAAGUAGGUGAAAUCUUAGCGGUUAGCUACAGGUUAGCAAUGAAUCUUGUUUCUCCCACAAUGCAUUGCAUGACGUCACAUGAGGUACUCGCUUUUGGACGACAAACGAAAGCCCGCCUUAAUACCAUUGAGAGAGUGAGACGAGUAGUGAGAGUAGUAGCUAGUGAAAGAGAUCGAUAGAUUGAUAGAUAGAUAGAUAUCAUAGCAUAAAUAUAUAGUCAGAGAUAGCAUAGCAUAAAAGAUAGCUUAGAGAAAGAGUAGAGAAUAAGUAGACAACAUGGUUUAUUACUGUGUUUGUGGCGGGUGCAAGAACUCCAGCAAAACUGGACAUAGGGUCCAUUGUUUCCCCAAGGACAAAGGGAUCUUCCGAAGCUGGGUGCAAUUUGUCAAGAUUAGGCGGGCAGAUUUUUCAGCUAGCUCUGUCACCGCCUACUCGAGAAUAUGCAGCGCGCAUUUCAAGGAGGAGGAUUACCACUCAGGGGAUGCCAAGAUGGUCGCACUUUCUUUAAAAAGUAUGAGGAUGGCUAAGUUAAUUCCUACCGCCGUGCCGUCUGUGAAUGCAAACCUCUCUGCUUGUCCUGUCCCGAGGUCGAGAGACACCGUCUGCCGCAAGCGAUAUAUUGCCACGAUGAUGACAGAUACCUCACAGCAGGAGACCGUGGACAGUGUAGACACUGUGGAGAGUGUCGAUACUGGCGAUCAGCCCUUGUCCUCCUCCACUUCUGACGCUGUGACACAGUGUUAUUUGAAGCCCCCCCCGAUGGUCUCGCGCUGUGCAGGUUAACCUGAAGCCCAAGAUGGUCAGCGUGGGCACACAGACGUCUUUCAGCCCACAAACCUCCACUCCCCUCGCUAGUCCUGAACAGACAGAUGAUGAUGAUGAUGAUAAUGCCUCUGUCGUUAGUGACUUAUCGUGGGUGCCCGAAGAGCCGAUGCAUGAGGAGGACUUGUUUGAUGAGGAGCCACCUUACGCGUGUGACCCCCACCACAAUGGCAUUGACAAAUUCAUUGUUUGCCAAGAGGAGCUGAUGGGCCUUUUUGCCAUCUGUCCGGCCUGUUGUGAGAGGUCAGAUAGUAGCAUCGUGCAGCAGGAAGGAACUUUUGUUAAGAUCAAGCAGGUCUGUGCAUCAUGUGGCUACCACCGUUUCUGGCAAAACCAACCAAUGCUCCACAGGAACAUGCCGACCUGCAACCUCCUGUUAAGUGGGGCCAUUCAUUUCACUGGAUGUUUGGCCACCCAGACAUUAAGAAUGUUGACUCUGUUUGGCCUGCAGUGCAUCAGUGCGAGCAGUUUCUUUCGCCAUCAGCGCCGCUACACUAUCCCUGUAAUCGUUCAGGCCUGGCAAAAUGAUCAAGCAAAGAAUUUUAGUGACCUACGGGCAAUGGAUGGUGGGCUAGUUCUUGCUGGUGACUGCAGGUCAGAUUCUCCUGGGCACUGCGCGAAGUAUGGAUCCUAUCAGAGAGAUAGAGGACAGAGUGAACAAGGUGGUGGAUGUUCAGCUUGUUCAGGCUUCUCUUAGCGGCGCUGCAUUAUAAUCACAAUGCCAACCGUGAGACAGCACGGAGAAGUGAUGGGACGGAGAAGUACUGCGUGCGGUAUCCGCGCUUCAGAAAAGGUGCCCAUGUGGUGCUUCCCAUCAAAGAGGCAGCCUCAUACGGUUAUGCAACAUCAUUAAUGAAGGCCCUUCGGGAAAGCUACACCAAUUCACCUUCAGCUCUUCGAGAGACAAGUCCAAUGAUUUAGUUGUAAGUAUUUAUUUUAGUUAGUUAUCUUCUUUCCCUCUGUCCAUGUCAUCUAAUUUGGUGGUGGCUUCCUGCAUGCUGCAUGGUUUGUUUUUUCUUUGUGUGCUGUUGCUUUGGUUUUACUUUGCACAAAAUUAUUACUUUUUUCCAUCUUUGUAAGUGGCAAUAAUUGUCGCUGUACCCCAUUCAAGGGGUCCUGCAUGCCGCAUGUCUGCUCCUCUGCCUGUUAUUUGCAUGAAAUUUGUUGUAUGUAAUUCAAAAUAAUUUACCAAUCAUUUUACCUGUGCCUUGUCAACCUCUGUGUGCGGUGUUGUCUGGGCUCACUGUGUGUCUGCUUGAUGUGCUUUUGCGUGUGUGUGUGUGUGUGUGUGUGUGUGUGUGUGUGUGAGAGAAACAAAAGAAACUGUGCAAACGUUUCAGGUCAGUAAUCUUCGUCCUUGUUCAGUAAAUGUUCAGUAACCGUUAAAAGCAAUGCCAAUAAACUGUGUUUUCUUAUCAAAA